CCCCUUUACCAUGAAACUUUCGGCCUGCUCGCAAACGUAUCAGAAGCAGAUCAUGUUGCCAUUCAUGGCCUCAUUCAUGAAAGACAUAUCCGAUUCGCCCUAUUUUGCAGAAAUCAAUCUGAAUGAUUACUACAUUGCCAAAGAAAAGGAACGCAGCUCGAAAGGCUCAAAACGUAAAUUUCCCGGUCUCGAAAUUCCAGUCAAGGGCAAGUUACAGCUAAUUAUCUACAAUAACGAGAAAAGUGUCAGCUCAUUGUUGUUCUUCCCUUACGACUUAUCAAAUUUGAAAGAAAAUCAUAAGAAAAUCAUCAAAUUCCGCAAAAAUAGCACAAUCACGUAUCAUUCAGAGUCAGACAAAGAUUUUAGAAUAAAUAUCAAGAAACUCCAUAAUGAGCUUGAGUUCAAGGCGCUGAACUACAAGAAUAAGAGGUUCUACGUGUUUGACUCACUGAAAAUAACAUUUGCUCCAGGCUUUUUGUCAGAAAACGUUAAGCUGCCAUUAAGCGCAAGUCUACCUGAGUUCAAACACCAUCAAAUUAACCCGAAAAUACCGCUAUACCCACAGAGCUCCAAGACUGAUAUCGAGACAGUCGAGUCUGGAGAAUACCCCGUCAACCUCUCAUAUUAUAUCCGCCAAUGUGCUCAUUGCGUUGACCAUGAAGAUGACGACGAUGAAUGUGUACAGUUUCCUUCUUUCACAUACGCCUAACGACAAGCAAUCAGACAUAUAACUCGCGGAAAAAGUAGUUACCUGUCAGAAGCCGUUUACAAUCUUGCGCCACGCAACGAUUGGGAGCCGAGUACUCCGGAUCGUUCAGAUCCAAGUGUUCCACCCCAACUUUGUCCAGGUCGGUUUUUUUCUUCUUGGGCCUGGAUUUGCCCUUCUGUUUUGCGUAUCUGUUGAUGUUGUUGAUACAUCUCCCACAGUAAACAUGGCCACAUCUACCGAAAAACACCUUGCGUGAAAGGUCUUUGUCUGCGGUGGUGAGGUUCUUAGCGAAUUGCCAUGGUGACAUGAACUUGUCGUGCACCACGAGCUUGCGUUUCAGUUCCAUAUCGGUGCUCGUUUCGAAGUCGUCUGGGAUUCCUUCAACCAAUGGAACGCCACAAAGAAUGCACACGGAAGUAUCUUUGGCUGAAAAUCCAUUCGAAAACAUAUUUCUCUGUUCUUCAGAUAUCUGUGCUUUGGUUUCUUGUGUCAUUUUCAUCUUGUUCGCCAUGUUUGAUCUCAUUCUGACACGACGAUCUUCCUCUUCCUGUUCUCUGCGUCUGAUUUCAUCCAUUAUACUAUGGGGUAUUUCGUCUUCUUCGCCCUCUUGUGCACCAAAAUCGACUUGAUGUGCGGCCAAAGGCAUAAAUCCCAUUCUGUUUAGAUGUCUGACAAACGGUACCCGCGAGCGUAAGUCGUACAGCACUCUUGAAGCUAUCGAACUGUCACUAUCUGUUCGUCCAAGUCGAAAAGCGUUCACCAUCCAGUUGUUGCGGAGGACUUCGUUGAUGUAUUCAUUUGUUAAAUGCGCUCUUUGAUUGUUCGCUCGUCUGGGAUACCGGGGGCGAAGUCGCCGGCGAGGUCUAUUUGCUGCUAUUGUCCGCUGUGUUCCGGAUAUUCGCACAGACUCAUCUGGUUGGAAAACGGGCCCGUUGGGCUGGUACAAUGUGAAACCCGGCCGUUGUCUGGAAAAAGCCCUUCUUUGUGGCGGGGCCAAAGUCUGUUCGCCUGUGAUCUCAACAUCUCCAUCUGAGUGAGCCUCUUCAGCAUCGGACAGAAUCACUAUUGGGUCUUCUGCAGGUGUGGUAGACCGGUCCUGACGCCUUUGCCGCACACGACGCCUAUUUGAAGUAGAGACCACAAAACUGUCUUCAGAGUCGGAAAGAAGCUCGAUGACCGAAUUCCGUCGACUCAUCAAGAGAUAAUAUUCUGAAUACUCCGCUGCGUGGUAUUUGCUAAAAUAAGAGUGGCCUUUGUUCG